AUGCCCAUUGGGCUGAUCGGUGCUUAUCGAGACAAAAAUUCACCGAUACGCGGUUGGAUUCCUUCAGAAAGUAUCGCACAAUGUGAAGACACCGUUCCUUUGUCAGAUUCAACUGGCCACCGCCAAACGGAUGACAAUCAGACUGACUCCACUAUCUGGAAUGCCAUGAUUGCACCGUUGAAGCGAUUGCGUUUAACCAGUGUCAUCUGGUAUCAAGGAGAGUCAGAUGCCGCCCUGCAACCCGACUUGUACGGAUGUUUAUUGCAGGCCAUGGUGAAUGGCUGGAGAAACAAUUUCUAUCGCGGUGUCUCUCUCCCGUUUGGCAUUGUUCAGCUCGGUACAAGAAACUUCGACGAUGUGCAGGGAGCCACGCCCCUGCUGCGCUGGGAACAGACGGCAGAAUACGGUCAAGUGCCGAACGAAGCGCUGGUGCGCGUCUUCAUGGCAUCGGCGAUUGAUUUGCCUGAUCCAGAGUCACCGUUUGGAUCCCAUGUUCCGCGCUACAAAGAAGAGAUUGCUAAACGCUUGCUGGCGGGCGUUUUAUCAGUGCUAUACUAUCGACAUAUUCCUUUCCAAGGCCCUUUCCCUCAGCGGACAUACUUGGUGAAGGACGAUGUUUUCAUCGAAUACGACCAGGAUUUUAAUUUUAUGAAUGUUGUUGAAAACUUUGAGGUAUGUUCUCGAUAG